GACUGCCACUUUUUUUGACCUUGGCAAUACUGCACUCAAAUGUCAAUGUCAGGUUUACUGCAGAAGUGUCGUGUGAGUGCGUAUUGUGGUGUUUUAAAGUUAAGAAAUUCUCUGAGGCCGAUACACACGUACAAAAUGGCUGAUAAAUCUACGGACUAUUCAACGGCCAAUGGUUUUGAGAGUAAAACUCCUUUCCUGAUCGGCGUGGCUGGUGGCACAGCCAGCGGCAAGUCAACAGUAUGCCAGCGUAUCAUGGAGAAGCUUGGCCAGCAGCACAAAGAGCAGACAGAACGCCGCGUCGUUUGCAUCAGCCAGGACUCCUUCUACCGCACCCUCACUCCCUCGGAGAGGCUCCGGGCUGAACGGGGACAGUUCAACUUUGAUCAUCCCGAUGCUUUUGAUGAUAAGAAGCUGCUGGCUAUUCUGAAGGAUAUACUGGCCGGCAAGAAGGUUGAGGUUCCGGAGUAUGAUUAUAUCACAAACUCUAUUAGCCCACAUCGCUCGCACACCAUCUACCCAGCAGACGUAGUGCUGAUCGAAGGCAUCCUCGUGUUCUACUUCCCUGAGGUCCGUGAGCUCUUCCACAUGAAGCUCUUCGUUGAUACUGACUCCGACACCAGGCUGGCUAGGAGAGUGCCCCGCGACAUAAUGGAGCGCGGUCGUGAUCUGGAGCAGGUGCUCAACCAGUACAUGAACUUCGUCAAGCCUGCCUUCGAGGAGUUCUGCUUGCCGACCAAGAAGUUUGCUGACGUGAUCAUUCCCAGGGGCGCUGAUAAUCUGGUGGCUAUUGACUUAAUCGUGCACCAUAUUUGGGAUAUCAUGUAUAAGAAGAGGGCGUCGCCUCCGAAGGUCGUGAAUGGAUGCAAUGGACACCAGGAGGUGGAUGAGACCAAUGGCAGGCGGAUGUCUGGCAGUUCCGAAGACACUCUCAGCCGAUAGUGCUAGGAGCUCACGGUUUGUGACUUUGUUAAGUACUCGUUCGUUUGACUAGAGGCUGAAUACUGAAAUGACAAUCGAUUUUAAGGACUGCUCAAACAUCAUUCUAUGUCCGUCACACUUAGGUGAAUUCCUAUGACAGAUCUACUUUUUAGAAGAACUUAAUAUUAAGUAACGUUUCAGUUCUGGUGGUCGCCAUUUUGAAGUGAAUUAUUGAAGUUGAAAAAUUGAGUGACAUUUUAGUAUUCAGCUAUUCAAUAUAAAGUUUGUUUUUCUCUGAAUUGCUGUGCCCUAGUUGGUUGAGUAUUACAUAUAAAAGUUUCUUUUUUAUUCAGGAAUAGAUGAAAUAGAUACUCUACCAAGUUAUUGACUAGAGAAAAAACAUUAAUUUCCCGUUUGCUUAGUAAUAAUAAUUCGUGAUUUGAAUAUCUAUGUAACGAGUACUUAGAUAUAACAAAGUGACAGCCGAGCUCCGGCCUCCGAGCGUAUGUCCCAGUAGCUAACACAACUUGUGUUGUAAACUUGUAACCGAUUCUAUUGAUUGUAGCUCACGAGAUAUCUUCAUUAACUAUACGUAAUAAUAAAACUUUAUUUAAUUCCACAUUAAUCAAAUUCACACAAUUAAAUUAUUUUUGGCAUGAUUCCAAUUGCUUAACCAAUUCUUACGAAUGAUAAACUUCAGAACUAAAUAUGUAGGUAAUGUAGGUAAAUAUUUAUACACAUUCAAAAUAUGCCAAAGUAGCUUUUACUUUUUAAAAUAAUGUAUUUCUCGUUUCUCUGAAAUUUUGUUUGAUUUUUAUGCCAUAUACGUUCCUAACGUGACUAAAACUAUGAUUUGGUUUACAAAAUUUUAUGUUCAAAACGUCAUUAUAAAGCUAUUGCCCUGUCAUUUAAAUAUUAAUGAAAUAAGAAUGCGAAAGAUGGUCACAAUAAUUUCAGUUUUUUUUAAGUUUUUUUUUUUAAGAUAUCUCGUGUGCUGCAAUCAAGGUAUUUCUCCAAUAUCCAUAUGUGUAAGUAAUGUUAUAGUUAAGGUCCAUUAUUGUUUAUUAUAAGGCUGAAGCUUUUCAAAGCAUAUAGUUUAAGUAUAUUCGUACAGCAUGUUAACAAUAUGUCAUUCUUUAUGGAGAUAUAGAAAUGUUUUAUUUUUGAAGUUCUGUUCGUAAUUCUAAAGUUCUAUACUCCGAAUACCUAAAGAGAUGGUUUGGGAUUGUCGAAUAAGCCACGUAAACCUUACUUAUGUUGUCUCCUAAUGUCUCGAAGACUACUGAACAUUGUUGUUUUCAGUUAUAGUAGGAGUAAUCGUGUAUUUAGCUGACUUACAUUGACUUAUUUAGAUAGUCGUCCUAAAACAAAACAAAUGUUUUCGAAUGACCAAUUAUCUUGCACAAAAUAUUAUUAUAUCUCCAUAGAAAUAUUUUUAAUAGUUGUCCAGAACGCUACACAGGGUUACAAAUGUAUACUUUGUAACAAUUGCCCCAACAUUGGUCGCCAAUAUAUCAUACAAAUUGUUAGUUAUACCAAUAUUUGUUAUUUGGACAAACAUUUGUACCAUUUCCUUUAUGAACUUUUUGUUUAUUGGGAAUUUAAAUGUAUUGGUAGACUUAAUUUUGACGUAUAAUAAUUUAAGUUUUUUUUUUGUGAUAAGGUAAAUAUGUACUAAAUUAUGUAAGGGUUAAAAUGGUAUAUUAAGAUUGUGAUCAGUAUUUAAAAAUACGCCAUCAAAAUCUAAUUCGUUAUGUUCUUGGUCGAAUUUACAAUUAAUGCAUUUUUUUUAACUGCCCGUUAUGAAAUAGAACCGAAUAUGUAUAUUUCGAAUAUUUUGGUACUUUAGCCUUUUUGCUCGAACCGUAACCCAAAGGCUUUUAAGCAUGAACACAAUACAUAGACAUAAUAGUGGAAAUAGAUAUAAGUUUUAGUUUUUUUAGCUAAUUUCUAGAUUACUGAAGUGUUUAUUCUAUUCUCUUAUUAAUACUACGUAUUUUAGCGCACAAUGUUAUUAUAUACACGGAACCUUAUAUUAUUAUUUUAUGUAAUAUAAUUAAUUAUUAGUUUACCUUUGUAUCGCGUGUUUUAUACUGAAAGACUUCUUUCCAAUAAAAUGUCUCAAUUAUUAUUAUAUAUAUUUUGCUCCGUGCAGUAAUUUGCGUUAAAAAUUGUUAUAAAUGUUUAGAUUAAGACAACAGAUACCGAUGCCUUUCACAAAUGUUGAACACCAAUAGCUUUUAAAAUAGAAUCUAUUUUUCCAUUGACGAAAGAAAUAUAUUAUAGAAAUGUGCUGUUUUUGUUGUAGACACAAGUUAAGAACUAUAAUUACUUCAUACCACUGAAAAGUUGUAAUACAACCUUUUUGGUUCUUAUCCUGACUUUACACAUGUAAGUUGCUUUCGAAAAUAAAUUACGUAACUUCCGUCAGUUUUUAGAAGUUCUAAGAAAGAAGUUCAUGUGUAAAGGCGACCUUAUGCAGCUUUUCGACCAUAGUAAAAAUAUAGUUUGCCGUAGUCCCUCGCAAACCUGUAGGUAAUAUUUUACAGACUGAUACAAAAUAUUAGAAAAGACUCGCAUCACUAUGUAUCACGUAGAAACUUAUAGAAUUUACAUUGCAUUAAAGAUUAGAUACUUACAUCCAAAUAUUAUCAUCUUACACCAUCUGUUUCUGCAUUUGUUUAUUUAAAAAAAAAACUAUUUGUCUCAAUAUUUUAUCAUAUAUUUCAACAUUUUUCAAAUAAUAUUAUAAAAUAACUUGUCCCAGUGAGGUCCGAUUCUUCAAUCAGUGGAUAACUUUUAUCUCCAAAAUAUUUUUGACGUUUUGACAGCUUUUGUAUAGAAGAUAUGUCAAACCGAUACAUUUGUAUGUUCCUCAGAUAGAAGUUAACUGAUGAUUGAAAACUCGUCAAAUAGUGUUUCAUGAGCAUUAAAAAAAAUAUCAGUAAAUUAGCAGCAAUAGAAAGUAACUAAAGUAUAAAUACAUAUAUAAAUGUUUAUUAGUAUAUAAUAUAAUAGGUACCAAAUAUCGAGUAAAAUUAGAAACAGACGGUGUGGCCAAUUCCAAUGAUUUAAUGUGAUAUAAUAAAAACGUAGUGGAAAACGUAAAAAAAAGCGUAAAAUUGUAUGUAAUAUUGGACUAAACGCGUAUUUUUAAAGCUUUAUAAUUUGAUAGGUGAAUCUUAACGAAAAAUGUGUCCCUAUUUUGAAGAACCGAUUUUACAGGACAUAACUGACCAGUGGCGCCAUCUAGUAGCCACUUUGUUAAGCUGCAAGAAAUACGCGUUUAGUCCAAAAUAUCUUAGUAAUAAAAUUAACACCUAGUAAAAUGUUAUAAAUUGUAUUGUUUUGACUUAAUUUCGUUUGUGAUUUAUUAUUGACUGAAAGUUUUUUUUUUAUUGUUUUUGAAUUCAUAAAGUGACUAAUAUCAAGGGAGAAUUAUCAGAUGUUUUAAUAAUUGUCACUAUAACAAAAUAUUUUACUGUUUUUAUAUUUAAUACCUGAUCAUUUUUUUUAUGACGUAGGAAUGAAAUUCAUUUUCUUAUAUAAGGCAGAUGCAACAUUUAGUUUUUAAACUUAAAGGUAUAUUCUUUACCUACUUGAUUAUGUUGCUAAUGCUAAUGCAAUGCCUAAUUGCUAAUGUAAGCACAUAGAGCUUCAGCAUUUUACGUAGCAUUUAUAUACAAUGAUCUACACAUAUGUCCCAAUCUAUAUACCUUUUUGUCUUGUCCUUCAUAUUUUAAUGUAACUAAAAUUGUUUUGUGUAAAACAGCCUCCUUGCUAUCGCUUUGAGUAUUCCAUUUUUUUUAAUGUUGGCGCGCAAUUAUGCGUUAUUAAUUUUAUUCUUGUAAUACGUUAUUACCAUGUUUGUAUACCUAAUUAAUGAUUUUAAUUUGCAAUUAAUUCGAUGACCCUGGAAGGUUUUUUUAAAAGUGGGAUAUGAUAAAUAUACCCUUGUUUCUUCUAGAGCCCUUUGUGUACCAGGGCCACGGUAACCUUCUUGGUAAAUACCUUGAUAUCUGAUAUGAACGUAUUAUUUGGCUGUUUUAUACAUAACAAAAAUGCAUAUUAUCUACAAUUACGUAUUCUGCACAAAAAUGUGUCUGUAUAAUGUUUAUUGCUAUCAUAUUGUAUAAUUUCCAACAAUGUAUAAUUGACACCAUUUAUGUAUAUUUUAAUGGAAUAAAGUGUUUGCAAACUUGA